AUGACCGUGACAUUGAAGAAUGCUCUGUCACCAUAUAAACUGGGAGGGGCUUCCGGUGGAAGUGACUUUGAUCCUAAAGGAAGAAGUGACAACGAGGACCUUCCGUCAGAGGAGGUUGGUGUCGGUACUCGGGAAAUGGGAUACCUAUUCGGACAAUACAGACGACUUGCGGGUCAGUUUCAGGGAAGUUUUACAGGACCACGGAUAUAUUGGGCUGCUUCUAGCCUCAGAACUGAAGCUAGUGGCUAUGGCGUGGUGUACUUUGCACGACUUAUGCUUGCAGACAUGAAUAAAGAAAUUAAGGGACUAAGAUGUGUUGUGAGUGGUUGCGGGAAGAUUGCGAUGCAUGUUGUGGAGAAGCUAAUUGCUUGUGGGGCACAUCCGUAUCUCAUGGUUCUAUAA